CUGAACCAUGACCCUUCUUAUAUUGCUUCCCUGACUGUAAAAAUAUUCCAUCUUUAGCCCGCUGACUGCCUUUGCCCGCCGGAUCACACCCUUCAAAGAAGACUCCGGCAGGGUAUUUUCAGGGGUGUCCAAACGCACAGCCGUCGAUUUGGGCUUCAUACUAGGGCUGUCUAAACUAGGGCUUCUCAGUUUCUGCGGUGACCGGAAAGGAAACGGCGGCGAGUAGCAGCGGAGCAGAGAGCGAGGAACAGAGUAAGAAAAAAAGAAAGAAAGGAGGUGAAGUGCGUUUCGGGAUUUCUCUCUCUUGUUGUCUUAUUUUGUUUGUCAGAGUCUCUCGUCCCUUAUUUGUAAUAUUCAAAUUGGGUCUCGACUCUCGACCCAGCAACAGCAAGUAUAUCGAAAGUAAAUUGUGCCUUUAAAUUUAAAUAUUUAUCCAACAGGCGGAAUGAUUUAGCGGAAGGAAAGCAACCAACAGGCGGGGGAGGGACAAAGGAGGUGCUGGUCUGCUUCCUCUACAGAUUUCAGGUUUGUUUCCAUAUCCUGGCUUCUUUUUGUCGAGUUGUGCGACCAUUUUCAUCCUGGGUCCUUCCCAUUCAUAUUCUUCUUCUAUUAACUGAAACGACCUCCUGGUGGAUGAAAUAAGGGUUGUUAAUUGGGGGCGAAAUUAAGGUUUAGGGUUCUUUCUCUUUACAUAUCGACGGAAUGAAAUAGCCAAGAGCCUUGGAUUAGGUCGUUUCUCAUUAGGUCACUGAGAAGUUGUGGUAUAGAUCUAGUUUUUUGUUUGGUUUUCGUUUGUUAUGCGUGUAAGCUCUGGCCAAGUUUUGUCUGCUUCCUUCCUCUGUGCAUCUUGAUGAAUGAUUGUAUGUUGACAAAGUCUCUUGUCUUUUGGGUUUUCUGCAUGUGUUCAAAGGGUUUAAUUGUUCUAAGUCUAAUUAUUCAUGUAUCUCAUAUAGGAUUCAUUUCACUAACAGCUAAUCCAUCGCCUCUCCCCUGGGUAAUGAUUAUAUGUAUGAGAUUAAAGUAUCCAGCCUACAUGCAUUGUCCUAUCUUCUAGAUGAUGUUGAUCAAACUAAUUAACCCAAGAAAACUUAAUAGCACUGCUGCAGUUGGACUUUGUUCAGUCAAAUUGAUUAACUAGCUAGUACUGUCGAUGGAGAAUCAUAAUCCCAGUUCUAUAAAUAUUCAAUAAGCAGCAUUCAAGUGGAUUUUCUUUUCUUUUUCUAGAGUAGUAGUUGGGGCCUUCUCCUGCCGGCUAUAUCUGUUUGUUCGGUUAACAACAUAUAUAUAGAGAUAGAGAGACAGCAGUGCCUUGCUUGGUCCACCUCUGCAUUCACAGGAUCUAGUCUCAACUUUGGAGUGAAUCUCUGCAAGUGAGGACCAUGAACCAGUAGUGUUGUUGUUCUUUCUUUCCUUUGUUUUGAUUUCCCUCAGGACGCUUCUCUCUUUCCAAAGGCUUUUCCUUCCAUGCCAUCAUCUUUGAAUGUGUGCUGAAAUGGGUAAUAGAGAACUAGUUUCAUGGAGGUAGAGAAAGUGAGCUUCUGAGCCAAUUGCAGUGAAGGGUAACGGUCUCAUGACUUUCUUUUUGUGAGAAUCAUAAUGUCAAUUUUGCUCAGUGAUGGAUAAUGUAACUCACAGAUGAGAGGUUGCAUGGUUCAGUUCAUAGCUAGUCUUUUCGCACCACUAUAGCUCUCUUUCUGUCUCUCGAUCACUUUCUACAAAUGAGCAUCAAUCUUCACCAGCCCCCCUCGACGAAGUAAAUGAGACACUGAUGUUUACGCUGCUACUACAUGCAUCUUCUUAGGGUAUUUUUUUUGUUCCAAUGGAUUAUCUAAUCUGGGUCAUUAUUCGAUUUCAUUAACUUACAGUUUCGAUUAGAUUGAUGUGGUAUGUAGGAUUCUGUAUCAGCUGCUUUGGAUCAAAGUUUUGCUAUGUAAUAGCUUACUUAGUGAUAUGUUAGGGUGUAACAGGAGUUGUCAGUUACUUUUAAUAUGUUGCCAGUCUUGGAAGUAGUAACACUAAACUCUCACUGUUAACAUUGGAGGGAAUUUGAGUGCCACUAUUAGUAGUUUGAAGCACAAUUGUUUGGAAGGAAAUUCCCUCCUUUAGUGGUCUUUUGCUAGCUUCUGUAUUUUAAUAGCUCUGUUGUAAGUGCAGCAGAACCUCUGGUGUCAGAAGUGGAAUGGUAUACUUUGAUGCAGGAUCACCGCUCUCAUUGGCUGGUGAAUCUGCGUUUUUUAAAUCAACACAAGAAAGUGGAGUGCAUGAUUGAUAGCUUCCCUUCUUGCUUGCAGUCAAUGUGUUCAGUAAGUCAAAGUUCAAGUGGUUUUAAAAGUUGAAGGAGCUGCGGAUGGUAACUAUAAAUGUUUCACCUCGUAGGAAUUCGCCUUAACGGUCUUAAAUGAUAUCCCCAAUUAACAGUUUCAUUGUUGUUUGAAUUGUCUUCUCACUUAAUGCUGGAAAUGGAUCAUUGCAUUUCUGUUAGCUCUGUGAAUAUUUAGAGCUUAUCAAAUCAGAUCUCUGGUUUCUUACUGUUAUAAUUGCGGUACAACUGGUUGACCUUGUUUCAUCAGUUUAUGUUCUGAUUGGGGAAGGGCAUGGUCCAGAAUUGGAUCAAAAGCACAUUUGGUGUACUUUAGUUCAGUCCUGUCUUGCUUCGGUCCACUUUUUUCUUUAUUUUUUGAAAUAUCCACCAAAACGAAACAGAAUUGAAUCAAUGCAAUGCGUUCUGUGUUGAUCCGUAUUAUCUUUUCAUGUAGAUCACUAAAGAACUUGCUCAUUUUGACUUAUCUUAUCUGAAUGCAGGGCCAUUUGUUCAUACUGUCACACUGAGCUUCAUUGCAUCAGAAAAUGGACCAGCAAGGACUCGGGCAGCCCCCAUCUACAACUGCCGGCCAAAUGUCUUGCCCCUCAAACCCAUAGAAUGCAAACCAAAUCCUGAUUCCUCUAACCACUGCCAACUAGCUACUUCCUCAGCUCAACCCUCAGGCUCUCAGCUUGCUCAGCAUCAAAUGGCCUACCAACAAAUCUACCACCAACAGCAGCAACAGCUCCAACAACAACUCCAGUCCUUUUGGUGGAACCAGUGCCAAGAGAUCGAAAAAGUCACCGACUUCAAAAUCCACAGCCUCCCCUUCCCAAGAAUCAAAAAGAUCAUGAAAGCCGAUGAGGAUGCGAGGAUGAUCUCCGCCGAGGCUCCAGUAGUUUUUGCUAGAGCAUGUGAGAUGUUCAUACUUCUUGGUCGAUAUUGUUCCUAGAGAGGAUUUGAAGGACAAGGUUCUUGGUUCGAUUUCCCGAGGGACAGUACCUGUUGGUGGCCCUGGCGAUGGUAUUCCUUACUGGGCACAACAUCAAGUUGGAGCUCCCGGGAUGAUAUGGGUAAUCUUGUGAUGAAUCCUUCGACUAUGUAUGCUCAGCAGGGAAUUCCAUAUAUGGGGCAGCCCAUGUGGCCGCAGCAGCAGCAAGGGUCCAAACAGCAGCAUGAGGAAUUGUCUUCUGAUCAGCAUUAACUAUGCAUGCCAUGGAAGCUGAUCAAAAGUGUAAGUUUCUUAAUUCGACCAACCAAUGCGAUCGUUUAUAUAGAGGCUGCCAUGCUAUGGAUCACCCUAAUUGAUUUUCACUGUGUUCUUUCUCAUGUCAUAUUUCAGCAUCAUUUGCCAAUCACUGUGUAUUAUAACAAUGUAAUGAUAAAAGAGAGGUCUAGCGAGGAACCGAUGGGAGCAGGCAACAAUGAAACUUUUAGUUGCAGGUCUGUAACAGUGUAAAUAUAGUAUUGCUGGUAAUUAGAGGAAUAUAGCUUAGUAGUCGCCUGAACCAGCUAUGUUCGGCUGCAUACAACUUGGUUGCUUUAGUUAGUUGCUUCUUGGGAAUCAUGCGUAAUACAACUAAUAUAUGUCAGCUGCAACUUGCCGUUUUAGAUUUAACUAGGUAGGGAUGCCGCGUCUUGUCGCGGACGGAGAUGGCCUAUGAACAUGUAUUAUGUGUCCCCUUAUGAUGUUUUGUUAGUAUUAUUAGCGUAAAAAUAAUUUUUUGUUAGCAAUUUUUGUUAGUAAUAUUGGCUUGACCAUAUGAUAUUGACUGAGAAGAGAAAUAUGACGGUCAACAUCCAAUUUAAAAUUUUUUGGCUUGUAAAUGAUAUUUACUUAAAUCCAAGUAGACCCAUUGAUUAUAUGUAGGUAAUGGGUGACGUAUAUAUGGGUUUGGAAGUUUGUAGAUGGGUUUGGGUAGGGUUUGGAUAUUUACUUUGAUAAUCUAAAUGUGUAUGAAUACCCAUUUAUUCAAGAGCGUUUAAUUACACAUACAAAAUUUAAACCUAUUUGUAGAACUUUAAAAGUUUAGGUACCAAAAUGUAACACACAAAAAUUAGGUACUAAAAUGAUGUUUCAUCAACAUUUUGAGGACUUAUAUGCAAAAAAAUAAAUUUAGAUUAUAAAU